CCGGUAACAGUAGCUUCUAAACUUUAGCUCUGAGGGCGCUGCUCGUUCGCGUUGUUAUGUGAACGCAGUUCAGAUUAAGUGUAACGUCUUAAACAAGCUGCAGUUUCAUUUCGGAGUGCCCAGCUUUCGGCAGUUGGCCUAAAGGGCGACGGUGGGAACGUGAAAGUCACCGAAGGAGAGGUAAAGCUACAAGUGGCAGGAGUCUGACUGGGCAGCAGGUGCAGCAGUCAUGGCAGUGUAGAGUCUUUCUCAUUGUGGCCUCAACGCUGACUAGUUUGCAAUAUGAGCUCAGAGCAGCAAAGCGCAUCAUCAGUGUUGGAGAUGACAUCAACAUCUUCACUCCUGCCUACAUCUUCAAGUGCGACAUCACUGCCACUUAGUGAAGAAAGCAAUCCGUCAGCUCAAGUUGACAAACAGCAGGAUGGCUGGGAGGUGGUUAAAGACUUGCAGGAAGCCCCAAACGACAUGCAGAAACCAGGCAAGCAAGAGGGCUUUCUGCUCAAGAAGAAGAAAUGGCCAAUGAAAGGCUGGCACAAGAGGUACUUUCUUCUGGAGAAGGGCAUUCUAAUGUAUGCCAAAACAUUAGCAGAUCUGAAGAAAGGAAAGCUACGUGGCCGCAUUGAUAUUGGCCUUUCUGUUAUGUCCAUCAAGAAGAAGGCCAUGUGCAUCGAUCUGGAUACAGAAGACAGCAUCUACCACUUAAAGGUGAAAUCACAGGACCUGUUUGAUGAAUGGGUGCGGCAGCUGCGGAAUCAUCGAGUGUUUCGUCAGAACGAGAUUGUAAUGGACCCUCAAGAGCGCCAGCAGCACUCAGACUCUGCCUCCAUCCGCAGGCGAGCUACUCUUUCGAAACAGCCAUCUCUCUUGCUGAAGAACAGUUGGCUACAGAGCUCUGAAGAUAUGAGGAAAUGCUGUAGAGAUCUAUCAGAGUGUGAGUUGUCUCUGCUGGAGCUGAAUCUGCUGUUGAAGAAUAUGGAGGUCUUACAUCGUACUUUCUCUGCCCCUGACAUAAACACGCUGCAGAGCGACUGUUCUAAGAAGGACAAGAAAGGACCCAAGAGAUGGAAGUCAAAAAAUCAUAGGAAACAUGGCAAAAGCACACUGCAGGCUUCUGGCUCUAAAUCAUCUCGCCUGCAUGUUUCAAACCCAAAUCUGACCUAUUCGGAGCCAAAUAGCACAGAUCCCCACCUAGAAACUCCAGACUCGCCCAUUGAUGCCUCACAGCUACAAGAAAAGUUCUGCAGACUGGCCAACACCAUCCAUGCCACCCUGAAGUCUGCCUACACUUCUCUGUGUGGGGAGAGGGACAGAGUCAGAAACACUCUAGAAUUAAAGAGCAUUCAUGAAGCGGAUGUGAUGGACGGGCAUAGCCCCCUACUGCAGCAGGUGUCCAACGAGAGUCGAGGGUCAAUCCCAGAGUCGCUGUCUGAGUUUUUUGAUGCAAAAGAGUACCUGCUGUCUGCAAGCUCCUCUGAGAAUGAGGCCUCAGAUAACGACUCCUGCUUAAGUGAUGUCAGUGAUAAUGUCUCUGUGGACUUCUGCACCAGUGAGGCAGGGACCGAGAAGGAUGACGAAGGCAGCAGCAAUGUUACAAUGGUGUCUCGGCGCUCUCAGCUGCCCAGUGUAUGUGUGAGUGAGGGUGUGAAUCUGUGGAGCAUUCUCUACUCAAACAUCGGUAAAGACCUCUCUAAGGUGUCCAUGCCCAUCCAGCUGAACGAGCCCGUCAACACAUUACAGAGACUGUGUGAGGAGAUGGAGUACUGCCACCUGCUGGACACUGCUGCACACACACACGAUCCGCAUAUGCGCAUGGUGUAUGUUGCAGCAUUUGCAGUGUCAGCCUAUGCGUGCACUUUCACCAGAGCAAAAAUGAAACCUUUUAAUCCUGUACUGGGGGAGACCUAUGAGUGUGAGCGUUUGGAUAAAGGCUUCCGCUUCAUCUCUGAACAGGUCAGCCACCACCCUCCUGUGUCUACAUGCCACUGCGAAUCCAAAAACUUCACUCUGUGGCAGGAUGUCCGAUGGAAAAACAAGUUUUGGGGCAAGUCUAUGGAAAUCUUACCCAUGGGAACCAUCCACGUAGAGCUGCCACGGUUUGGAGAUCAUUAUGAGCUGAACAGGGUUACGUCCUGCAUCCACAACAUCUUAAGUGGUCAGCGUUGGAUAGAACAUUACGGCGAGAUGACCAUCAAAAACACAGCUUCUGUAGAAAGCACUGGCGUUUGCAAAGUCACCUUCUUUAAGUCGAGUUCUAGAGGUCCAAACACUAACAAGGUGGAGGCAGUGGUUACAGAUGCUGAGGGCUGUGUGGUUCAUUCGAUCUUUGGCAAAUGGAAUGAGGCUUUGUACCUUGGAGACCCUCCCUCAGCCAUCUGCAUCUGGAGAGCAAACCCCAUGCCAGAAGACUACGAGCAAUACUAUGGAUUCACUCAUUUUGCAGUUGAGUUGAAUGAGUUGGAUGAGAGCAUCAGACCUUUCUUACCUCAAACAGAUACACGCUUCAGACCAGACCAGAGGUUACUGGAGGAGGGGAACAUCGCAGGAGCGGAAGAACAGAAAGAGAGGAUUGAGGCGCUCCAGAGAGAGAGGAGGAAAAUUCUACAGGAGAACAGCAUGACACACACGCCUCGAUUCUUCAAGCAAGCAGAAGAUGACUCGUGGGUUAGCAAUGGCACUUACUGGGAGUUAAGGAAAGAUCCUGGCUUCAGCAAACUGGAUUUUCCCUUGUUGUGGUGACCAAACAGGACUUCCCCCUGCGCUGCAUUGUUCACCUCUGCUGAAACCAAAUAUGGGAUUGUUUCCUCUAAGUGAGCUGGUACUUAAACACUGACUUUCAAAGGCUUUUCACUUAUUCUGCAGGCCAGUAUGGAAGCAAACAGUGACUUUUUCAUAUUUGACAUAGAUUUCACAAUUAAGUCAAUUUUCUUUCAGUAACAUAUGUUAUUUGACCUCUAAUUUAGCCCAAGAAUUGCUUUUGAAACAUUCCUUUGGUUUGCAGAGACGUCUUAUUUUACUAUAAGCUUUCAAAUCAGUUAGCUGUUGAUAACAGUUUCCUGCACUGACAGUGAUUUAAAGCAAACUUUACAAAGCUAAGGCAAAACUAAAGCAAAACAAAAUCUGGUAAAAAAGCUGCUAUCCUGGAUAAAAUAAAUCAACCAAUCAGACCGUGAGGUCAGAACUAACUGUCAUGUGAACUUUUGCAUUGCAUUUAACUCGACUCAGCAGUCCGAGCUCAGUUUCUACCUCUGCGUGUUUGAUCUACAGUGGGGCAAAAACAUGAGCACCUAUAUGAAAGUGAGUAUUGUUGGCAGCAAGCUAGCCAGCUAACAUUAGUGAAAUGUAUGAUAACUUAAUGUCCUGCUGUAUUCACCUUCUCAAAAGCUUUAUGGUCAUUUAAUAGAUUUCAUUUGUAUUUGUUGUAUUUCUGUAAUAGAUUUCAUUAGUAAGUUGAAUGAUCUAAAGCAAAUAUUACCAUAAACUCAAUUAGAAGCAGAGACGUAGUGCUUCAUUACUGUCGACAGAGCAGUCAUGUUAAUAUGAAGUGUAACACUUGUGAGUGGUGCAGAGUGGGAGUGGAGCAGGGAGUGGAGCGUGAUUUUGCCCAGAGUGUGGAGGGGCCUUUUAGAAAAUUAGAGUGCUGGUGUUCUCUCUCACUCUGAAAUCGCUUCAGUACCACUCUAUCCUAGAAGCCAGUGCCAGUUUUUCCACACUUAGUACCUCUGCAUGACAUGAGUGAUUGCUUCAGCUCGCACACGAUGGCCAUUCAUGCACAACGUUGGCGCUGACGUUAAAGCACAUGCAUGUUAUACAGUUUUCUGCCUUAUGAUUGGCUGUCAUUUCAAGCCUAUACCUGACAAAAAAACCUAUGUACUGCAAAAAUAUAUUUUUUUUACCUUCUUCAAGGCAUCAAGAAUCAUUUGGAGCGAAGUUGGAGCAGUGUGUUUACAAAACACUUUAAGAAAAGAGUGGAAAUGCUGGUCUGCUGGUCCACUCCACACAUAUACUCUGGUUGGAAAUUCUGACUUAUUAUAUAUACAAUAUUUGCAAGCUCUAAAUUUCACACACCAGAUUGAGUUCAUCAAGCCUGCAGGAGAAUCUGAAUGUGAGAAUCAGCUUCAUUUGAUUACAGUUGAUUAAACUCUGCAGUAGAAUCACUAAAAGAAAAACUAAUGAAGAAUCAUUUGUGUACUAUUCCUGCAAACUAUUUUUGAUCUAUGUUAAAGGUGUAGAAGGUGUUUUAUUUCAUUUUAUGUAUUAAGUUUUUGUUCAUUUCUUGAAAUACUCUUUCCAUCCUGAUAGCAAUCAAUAAGUCAAAUGAUCUGAUAGUAAAAAAUAUUAUCUGUGGAGGCCACAGGACUGUAAAAAAUUUAUUUAGACUCAGUGAAAUGAUUGGAUGGCCUACCUGCCUGUCUACCUAUCUACCUCAUGACCUGCCCACAUGCACAUGAGCGGAGUCUGUCAUACAGUCUAAACACACACACAUACAUACACACCUAAAAAGGAAGCAAGCUAGAUUCAUAUACACAGACAGAUACACAGGGACCUAAAAAAGCUUGCACUGUAAUGAAAGAAAGAAGAGAAAGACAGAAGUAGAAAGUCUUCGAACAAAAAUAGAUUGGAUAAAGCUAGAGGUCAAACCAGAGUGAACAUCGGAGUGGCUUUCCAACAGCGCAGAACCUGGGGGAGUUGAAAGGGCUGGAAAGUGAUGCCAAGGUUUACAGGUUUAUCUGGUUUGUGUAACGCCGGGGAGCGAAGAGGCAGACGCACGUGCUGAGAUAAGCGACUUUUAUUGAGGGUCGUGGUCAUGACAGUCCAGGUUCAUAUAACCAACAUGGAGAGAUCAACAGGUAGACAUAAACCCAAACACUUCCAACAGGACAUACAAACAAUUCAAACAUAUUAAACAAAGACCAACACAGACCAGGGCAAACACAGGGCUUAUAAAACAGGGAUAACAAGGGACAGGCGGAAAACAGGUGGAAACAAUCAGGGGAGGAGUCACGAAACAAGGGGGCAGGACUGUGAAAAACAAAACAAAAAAACGCAAGUGGACUAGACCAAAGCAACACGAACACAUGGAGGGCUCAAUCGUGACAGUUUGUUCUAUUUAUGGGGGAAUUUGUUCUUUUUCUGAAUUUUGUAGCUAGCACAGCCAGCUACUUACAUUAUGUAUUAGUCCAGUGGUAAUGUUAGGUAAGCUGAAGGUGUAAACUACCUAGCUAUGUUUAUCUUGUAUGUAAUGUGUGUGUGUAUAUGUUUGACAAUGUCUGCUCUGUAGUGCACAUUCACAUGUUUUGGGGAAGUUGGCCUACAAAAGGGGGCAGGACUUUUUUCAAAAACUAACAUACACUUCUCCUCCAGCCUUAAUUAACAUAUUACUAUCCUUUACCUCUUUUUUGUUUACUCCUCCAAAGUUAAUGUUGCUUCUAAACCUUUGGCCUAUAAUGUAUGCUGAAAAAUUUUUGCACGGACUGUCACGGAUUGUCUUUGCACGGACACUUAAAGAACAUUCCUCAGCACAGUAUACGCUGCCAUCAAGAAGCCUUUUUGCUCAUAUAUUUGCAAACUAGAGCUGUUCUCUGCACACAGGCCCGCAGGCAGGUUUAUAGUUGUUUUAUUUAUAUGAAAAGGGAGAACAAGUGCCAUUAGCAGUGUGGUCUCAACAUGAAACACCAACAGCAUCCAGAGACAGAACAGAUAAACAAAAAAGGUAAACAUGCUUUGGUAUUUACAGUAGAACAGAAAUGAUGGAUUUGUGCUUUCUGUGUAGUAUCUUUCAUUUGGGAAAAAUCACAUUGUUUAUUCUACAGAUGCCUUUACGUCAGUUCUUGGUAAAGGGACUAAUAUUGAUCGAUUGAUUAUUAUUAGAAUGAUUUCUGAAAAACAGAUAAUGAAACAAACACAAAUAAUAGACUUAUACCAUGUAAAUACACAAAAAAUACAGUUUUGAAAAGUGCAACAUUAAAUCUGCUUUUGUCUGAUUUUGCAAUACGAUAACAUAGGGAUAGGCAAUAUGGCAAAAAUAUAAUCUCGCAGUGCAUGUCGCAACAUUUUUUUCUGAGAUUUGGAACAAGGAAAAUAGAUCUACAUUGUAAAGGGGCUAUGAACACAAUGUUUUAAAUACCGCACUAUAAUCUGAUUAAACAGGACUAAUUAAAGCCCCUGUCAACAUGGUUUUGUUGGUUAUGUUUUAAUUGUUGUUUUAAUAGUAAAGAUAUGCUGCAGUGUUUACCAGCAUUAUGUUCAAGAAAUUUGAACGUUUUUUGAGCUGCUGCCUUCCUAAAAUAAGCUAUCCAGCUCUCAUAAAUACAGUAUGAUCCUGCAACAGGUGGCUAACGCAAGUUGGAAGUAGCAUCUAGAUACGCUACAAACAACGGUGUAAAAAACCUUCAGAACUGUUUAAUGCAGAAAAGCUUAAAUAACCUGCUUGCUUGGUGUUUUGUCUGGGAUUCAGAGCAGCAGGAGUGGAACACGAGAUGCUGAUGUUUGCUUAUUGCACACUCUUGACUGGCAAAUCUGGCAGUCACCUGCACCAAACGUAGUCCCACCCAACUCAAAUCAAACAUAAGAAAAUAGCAGAAAAUGUAAUUGCAAAAAUCUCUCAUCAGAAAAGACUCCUUUCUCUGCCAGCUCACUGUAAAAACAUCAGAUAAACUAUAGAUAAUAGUGAGAAGAAAUUUGUGAAAAUGACAGGGGCUUUAAGCUCUCAUUGUACCCAUAUGGAAAAAUAUAUAUAUUUCAAAUGUAUUUAUUAAAUAUAUUUUUGCAAUGUAUAAAAAUACCCAAAAAUAUAUUUUAAAAAUUCAUUUUAAAUGUAUUUUAUAAUUGUGUUAAUCAGAUAUAUAUUGCAAUGUAUGAAAAUGGCCCAAAUUGAAGUAAUGGAAUUUAUUUUUUUAAAUAAGCUUAUUUAUAUUUGUUGUAUGUAGUUUUAACAAAGGUUACCAGAUAUCGCUAAAUACACAUUGACUCAACGAACGGUACUAACUUCUGUGUUCUGCAUUGUACUCUGCAUUAACCAUGUACAUAUGCAGUAAGACACUCAGACAGAAUGUAUUCCAAAUAAACAAGAUAUCAAAUCAUAACUGCAUGUUCAGUGUAUCAGUACCUACAACUUUGCCUUCGCAAGGUUCAUUAAAGGUUAAAGGUUCAUUGGCAAGAAAUUAAAAUUAACAUACUGGAAUACAAAUUUGUUUCAAAAGGUAUUCUGAUCAGUAAAGUGCAUUAGAGAAGUAUUUUGGCUAUUUCCAUACAUUUUCAAAUGUAUUUGCCAAAUACAUUUGCAUACAUUUGUGGCUGUAUGGUACAUUUCUGUGUGUAAUACUUGAUGUUUUGAAACACGCCUGACUACGGUAACAUAAAAGGGUCUUGUCAGUCUCGUCAGUGGCAUCAGGGUUGUUGUGUUCCAAAUCUGAUUGGAGAGAAAUACCAGCUAACUCCAAAUACAGAUCUGUUCUCUGCAAAAAGCUGUAAAACACUAGUCAGCAUUUUUCCUUGCUCUCUUCUGUUUUAGAAAGAAAUUCAUUUUUUGCUUCAAAACUACCAUCAGCAUAUUUGAACUAUUUGCACAUGUAAUGCAAACAUGUUAUUUGCCGUCUCAUCAAAACAUCUGUUUGAGUCUGAAUGUUUAGACGUCUGAAAUAACUUCGCCUCCAACAUAUACCUAUGGUGCCAAAGAGUUAUGACAGUUUUUCUUAUUUUCAAGAAUGAUCUGUGUGGCAUGAAUCACAAUGAAAUGAAAUUGUAAUGAAAACCGUUACAGAGUUUGGUAUUAAACGUACUGUACCAGUUCA